AUGGCAAAAGGACUGACGGAUUUUUCAAUAGCUGCUAUUCUCCAGCUCUCCGAUCAGCGAGUUCCUUCCUAUGAAGAUGAACAGACUAUGGUGGAACGGGAACGCAGCGAAAAGUCGUUUAUCAACACAAAAGAGGAACAAGGCGAAGACUGUGGAUCACCUGAUCGCAAGAAAAAGACAAGAACAGUAUUUACAAGGCAGCAGAUACAAAGACUUGAGAAUGCAUUCGAUAGAAAGAAAUAUUUCACAAAUUCUGAAAGACAAAAGCUAGCUGGUGAUUUGUUGUUAUCAGAAACACAGGUCAAAAUCUGGCUUCAAAACAGACGAAAUAAAUGGAAGAAACAGCUUUGUCACACCAACCACAGCAGCAAUGUAUCAUAUCACAGUAUGAUACCAAACAUAACACGUGAUGUAGCCUCAAAGGAUAGAAAUUAUCCACUAUAUGCUCGAACAGAUUUAAGUCCUUAUGAAGCUCGUUCAAAAAUAUUUCUAUAGACUUCUCUUCUAAAAAUAACUUAUAAUUGUACAUUAUUGAAACUUCGUAUUAAGCUUAGGCUGCGUGACCAUAGCCUAGGUUUCUCACUGGAUGCAUACGAGAGUUUUUGAUGUCAAGAGAUAUGGUAGUUAAACUUUUGUUGCCUACCAGCUUCCAAGCAACUUAAUAGGUGGGUUUCUAAUGCAGGAAGUGCAAUAUUGGUGUCCUAAUUGCUCCAUUACUGGAUGUUGUAAAUCAAUGGAACAAUUUCUUAUGUAUAUAUGUAAAUAUGUAAAUGAUUAAUGAUUUCAGGUCUUCAACAGGACCUAGGAUCAACAGAUGUAAAAUAUAAUACGUUGAAAUAGAAAUAGAAAUAUUGAAUAAAAUUUAUAUAUGGAAUUUAAUUUGUUUUUAUUUUUGGUUCCAUCUAGAUGUACACCUAUUUUCAUGUUUGAUGAUAACAAUUGGAGUUUCAUGUAAUUUUAAUUUUAUAGCUUGAUUUUCAGUUUAAUACAAUAUUGGAAGAUACUGCUUUAAGCGCUUAGAUUUUUCCAUUACCUGCUUGUUGAGCAAAAAUAGGUUAGAUUAAAUUUUGUCAAUAACUUGAGAACGCUUAAUCGUUUGUACUUAAAACUUCCACUAGUUGGUUUUUCAUUAUUUCAAAAAGAAACUGUAAAAUAUAUAAAAAAGCAGUCGGGUAGCCAUGCCAUUUUUUUAAAAUUUGUUUAAGACUGUUCAACUAGUGUUCCUUGUUACGAACACCGCUUUAUAAUCUAGGGCGUUAUUAUUUUGAAUAUACGCCAAUUUACGC